GGCCACUUCCUUCUUCUCCUCUUCCUCCCCAGUGCACUGAAGCCACUCGGGUGCCCACGGACGCUAGCUCUUCAUUGCAAAGGAGAAGAAGGCGGGGAGGGAGCAAUGAAUGUGGAUCAUGAGGUUAACCUCUUAGUAGAGGAAAUUCAUCGUUUGGGUUCCAAAAAUGCUGAUGGAAAGUUAAGUGUGAAAUUUGGGGUCCUUUUCCGAGAUGACAAAUGUGCCAACCUCUUUGAAGCGCUGGUAGGAACUCUCAAAGCUGCUAAACGAAGGAAGAUUGUCACAUACUCUGGAGAGCUACUUUUGCAAGGUGUUCAUGAUCAUGUCGACAUUGUACUGCUGCAAGAUUAAUGUGGCUCCCGUACCUUUGUGUAUUGCUAACUUUUUUGUUUCUGGCAACUGGAACAUUAAGUCGAAGGACAAACAUGAGGUUACUUAGUGUAUUUUUAUAGAACUUUGUAAACAAAAGGAGACUCAGAUUUUAGAAGUCUGUCUGUUUAUAUAUCUUGAAAGCAGAUGUAUGUAUUACACUGUAAAAUAAACAAAACCUAUUUUUCUCAGCAAUGUAGGUGGGAGAUUUGGCAAUCAGGCAUUUUUGGGAGGGGUUAAGUGACUAUUUGGUUCAUAAAUGAUUCUUAGACAAUUUCUACAGAUACUUGACGUUCUGUCAAAGCAAGAAACAAACUGAGGAGCAGCCACCACAAGGAAUGUUACAAUGUUUGUAUAAUAAAAACAUGGA